AUGCCAAGUGCGUUGAAUCCCCCGCAAGAAAAACCUACAGCCAAGCCAUCUCCCCUGGUGAUACCCCCCGCCCACGAGUCCAGCCAACCUGGUGGUGACCAUCACGAGGUCAACCUCGGAACCAGCAGUACCAGUCAAUCCGUGUGGCUCACCUCGCCAACCACUUUACCAGCUCCAGCUUCGAGGUUCUCGAGCAGCAAACGUCGAGCUUCGUCCCUCAGUGACUUGUUCCCCCGCACUAGAACCGCUGCAUCCUCACCAGCAAAAGCGCUCGUUAGUGCAUUCCAUACAGUCUCCAGUCGCACUCACCAGAGAUUCGCCACGUUGCGGUCGCAAUCGAACGGGUUGAUGCUCAAAAAGACGAGUGUCGAGGAGACUGCCGAGUCAAAGACAACCACUUUUAACCGUAGCGGUGGGUGGAUGCUCAAGGUGAACAACUCGAUCCGACGCGCGACGCCCGUGUCCAGUAGCCACCGGUUUCAAUGGGGGGGGCAACAUGCUCUGCAACAUGCUCAAGGGACGUUUGAGUAUCACGGAGAAGACGCUGGCGCCGUAUCGAGCUAUUUCCACAUUGUUGCAGACGGCGUGUCGUCUCCCUUUGGUCGUCAGUCGCUGGUGCAAUACGACGGCGUGCUCGUGUCGUCAGCUGUGCUCUCUCUGGAAGUUGUCAAGUGUGUGCGGGUGGUGCUGGAAGAGAUGACGAACCACAACCGGGAACAACUGGACCAAGCAGCUUUUGAAGGAGCGAUUGUAGAUGCCGUUCGGACAGCACGGAUCAACUGUUUCCAUCACCGGAAAUCCAGAGUCGCGACGACGUUGGCCGUGUCGUAUUUCAAUCGAUGGACUGGUAAGCUGUUGACGUUUUCGCUGGGGGAUUCCAAGUGUUUAGUUGUGCGACGCGGAGCUGUUGUCUAUGAGACAAUGGCCGUGCUGCGCGAAUUCAACGUGCCGACAGUCGUCAAUCUGCGGGAACAAGUGGUGCCGAACGACUAUGUCGUGCAGAGCUUUGUCUUGCAAGAGGGAGACGUCUGUCUUACGUUCUCGGACGGAGUGGGGGACAACUUGUACAAGGAUGACGUGACUGCUACUCUUGCUGCCCCGGAGCUCUGGGACUCGGAAGCGUCGGGACUGCAAAGCGUGUGCGACCAACUGGUUGAUAUGGCCAAGAUGGACGAAGAGAGUGGAGCGCGUAUCAAAGACCUUGGCGACAAGGAGCGUGUGCUGUACCCGUUUGCAACAGCUGCGGUUCUCGAGUACCGUAAGCGUACGCUGGAGGAGUCGAAACUGGCUGCUGGUGGGCCGCUAGAUGCCAGUGGCGUCGACCACAUGGCAGUGUCGCUCGAGUUGAUGAAGAAACACGAUGGCAAGCAGAUUUUCGACCGGCAUGUGCUGUUGCGGAGACCUUCGCGGAAGCAUCACUACUCGCUUAUGCAACUCCGUCUCAUGGCACGGAUGCAAACAAAGAAGCCGGACGAUAUCACGCUCUUCAUGACACGUUUCGUGUAA